UUUUAUAUAUUUCUUUUCUGACUAUUAAAUUUGAAGCUGGCUCUUUGAAUAAAAAUAAUGCAUUUAUUAAGAUUUCUCCAAUUACUUCAAUAGUCUCAGAGCUAAAGAAGUAGUAACUACUACUAACUACUGUUAAAGAAGAGGUAACCCGAUAAAUAACUGAGGGAAUUUUCCAGAUCAGUCAAUUUCAAAAAUAUUUGUGCAAGUUUUAGGUCUUUUGAGUAAGAAAAUGAACAGCAAACUGCGUCGCUUUCAGAAUGAGUCAGUUACCAGAGCUUAUAACCAAAAUGUCCUAGAUAAGAAUUGGUUUGAACAGAGAUAUGCUGAUAAACCAAACCCAAAAGGUAUAGUUCCUGGAAUUACAGAAGAAAAUUCGUAUAUAAAUGAUUUUAAAACAACACAUCGAGAACACUUCCGCCCCUUCGAAUUACCAGAAAAAAUUGAUGAAUACGAAAAUUUCAAACUAAAGAAGCGUAUUAGAACCUAUAAGCAAUGUGGAAGUAGUACAAGUAUUUGUAAUAUAGCCAGUGAUCAUGAUUUACGUAAUUCUUCAUCUAAUCAAAAUAUGUGCUAUCAGCCAUCAAGAGUGGACAGUGUUGAAAAAUUAUUUAAAUAGAUGUCAUCACGAAAUUUUUAUUGCAAUGUAAAAAUUUUCGUUUGAUCCACAAAAACAAGAAAAAUUACAAGGAUAAUACGACAUUAUUGCUUUAUUUCUUUUACGAAAAUUAAAGUUGAAUAUAAAUUUAUAAAUAAUUAAGCAAAAUGUUUAAGAAAAUCUUAAGCAGUUAUUUCGAUAUUAAAAAAUAUAUUUUCUGGUAUUGCUA